AUGUACUCCGGCCAAGAACUCCAUGUCGAGGAGCACGGGGGCGGCGCUCCUCCUCCAUACCCUCAGGAUCAGCGCCGGCCGCCGAGCGCGUUCCGCGUCCUGGUCAGGGCAUUCAUUGCCGCCUGCACCGUCGUCGUCUUCGUCGCCCUCCUCGUCUGGCUCAUCUACCGGCCCCGGACGAUCCAGGUGGCCGUGGACGAGGCGACGCUCUCCCGCUUCGCCCUGAACACGAGGGCGAGCCCCCGGCCGGUGCUCUCCUUCAACCUCACCGCCGGGCUGACCAUCCGCAACCCCAGCAGGCGGACGGCCGUCUACUACGACGUGCUGUGGGCGGAGGGGUUCUACCGCGCGGAGCGAUUCGGCCGGGCCGCGCUGCCGCUGUCGUUCCAGCGCGGGAGGCGAUCCGACGCGGUGCGCGCCGUGCUCGUGGGGAGCUCGGACGCGGGCGCCUGGGACGCCGGCGCGUUCGGCGGCGACAACCAGACGGGGGUGUUCCCGGUGGACCUGUGGGUCGCCGGCGCCGUGCGGUACAAGUACGGCGGCCUGAUGACCACGUCGGCGACCAUGCUGUCCGCGAGGUGCCCGCUCGCGCUGAAGCUCAUGGCUGCGUCGAGCAGGGUGGAGUGUACUGUGAUCAGCUUCUAG